AUGCCCCCUGCCAGGGGAGCCGCGCUGGCCCCGAUGAAGGGGGCCGCCAGGCGCCGUCCCGAGCCUGUGGCGCCCGACGAGGCGCACGUGCCUGGCGGCCCCGCGAAACGCCAGCGGUACACCGUCUGCUUGGCUUGCAGGGCGAGUGGCAAGGACACCCGAGGGGACGCUGACCUGGAGAUGGUGGCGCAGCAGCAGGAGAAGCACAGCGGCGUCUACUUCUGCGUGAGCUGCCGUGACUGGUUCUCCGAGCAUCUUCCGAACAUGUCGCUUGAGGACGUGGCGCGGGACAUGCAGAAUGACGAGGGCAAGGCGAAGGAGAUCACGGAGGCGAUCGCAUGUCAAGGCGAUGAGGCCGAUGAUGACGACGGCGACGGCUCCGAGCCGACCUUGUCCGCGUACGUGCACGAUGAGAUCGGGACGUGGAUCCAAGACGAGUUCGACCUCCUGACUUACACCGACGUGGUGAGCGCCACUGGCAAGACCCCCCAACAGAACAAGCUGAAGCCCGUGAAGCGGAAGGCACCUAACGGCAAGGAGGAGACCCGCUACCCUUUCGCUACGCGUAAGUAUCCUCGGCUCUUGGUGUUCACCAAGCAAGCCUCAGCCGUCGACGCCACCGUCGGGAAGUGCAGCCAGAAGUUCGACAGCCAGGGCCAGAUGAUAUUGGAAGCCAUGCGGAAAGCAGAUGCAGCCCAAAGUGGAGUCGGCAGUUGGUGCAGGUUACAGCACGUUGGCGACGCCCCUGAGCCACCUGGCUUCGGGGCGCCUCUGCAACGGAGCGGGUCGAACGUCAUCGCCCGCCCUGGCGGUCGGCCGCUUGGACAGGGCAACGUCUUGACUCAGUCCGCCUUUGGCAAGCCGAGCGAUGAGACUGCGAUCGUGCCGUUCGGCGGGGCUGCUUCCAUCCAGGAGACCAGCGAUUCGCAGAACUCUGGCAAUGUCACGUGCGGCACAGGCGCGGAGGAUUUCGUCAGCGUCGUUGAGACGGAGGGUGUUAUUGUAGCGGUGGACGAGGAGGCUACUUUGGAGUCGAUGUUUUGGCCAACGCCUCAAAGGACGAAGAAGAUCGAGCACAUCCAGGUCGUUGUAUCUGCACCGAGCACCGUUGCUCACUGGGUGGAGCGCAGUCCGCUGGAGGAGGUCCAGCUUGGGGACGGCAAGCAGAGGGAGAAGAAUCAGCUGGAUCUUCUCAAGCGCAAGGUGGCCGCUGGCGAAGUGAGUACGAUCGAUAACCACACGAGGCUCAUCGACCUUGCCAAGGACACGUGGACCACCCACUUGGUCAAGACAGACAGGGCGCGCAGGCUCACGAUCGCGAAGGAGAUCCUCAAAGCUGGGUAUACGCUCACGCCUGCCUGCCAGCUGAACUUCUUGCACGCGGAGCUGAGCGCGUUCUGGCCUGAGCUGGUCGACUCCGUUGGGGCGGGCACGAAGCGGUGCGUCGACAAGGUCGUUGCCGCUUGUCGGUUGUGGCGUGGGGCAAAAGAGCAGUUCCAAUAUGACAAGCCUAUCUUGGGGGCCGUUGCGAUGUGUGAUUCGCAACGCAACGAAUAUUUCCUGAAUCAUGUGAUGGACAAGUUCAUUGGCCUGUUCAAUGCGGACCAGACGAAAGCGCCCGUCGUGAUCGAGCUUUGCAGGGCAGUCAUCACCGACUGGGAGCUUCCCGAGGAGGAUGCGGUCAUCGAGAAGCACUGUUGCGACACGCUCGUCGCCAUCAAGAAAGUCGCGGGGGUCGUCCUGUACCUUGAUGACAUGGGCGCUGCCUCUGCUGACCGCGACCUGGACGUCUACGACGACAUCCUCGAGAUGGACUCCCAGAAGGCCGUGACCAAGAACCCCACUCUGUUCACGAACGCGGCGGGUGCGCUGGCAAAGUCCUUGUACUGGGGCGGGAAGUUCGAGAUCGGCACGAAGAGCGCGCAGACGCUGAAGAAGCACGUCCCGCAGAUGAUGGACCGCAUCAAAGAGCUGAACUCCACGUGCCGUUCCGAUAUCACCGAGCCCGACCUCGCGAAGCUGUUCAAGUUCGUCGAGAUGGUCCCUCAGAUCGAAGUGGAUGUGGAUGGCACUGGGGUUGCGAGGAAAUACGAAGGUCACGUGGUCAGCAAGGUCACUGAUGUUGCCAAGCGUCUCAUGGAGAAGGCGGCCGACCCGACGGAAAAUAGGGAUUGCCUGAGCACGCUUUUCACGGCCUUCGCGGAGAUCCUCAACGCGUGUUCGGCGGCGUGCUGCCAAUCUGAGUCGAUCAGGAUCAUCACCGCGGAGUUCACGAGCGCCCGCUCUUCUUUCACUGCUGGCGUGAAGUUCAAUGCCCUCGAGAACGCCAUGGAUGCGUUCAUUGGGGCUCCGUGCGAAGGCCACGGGGUACAACUUGCUUCAUGUGUUGAGGAGCUGCGAGGCAAUGAGCUGCCAGAGCCGAUCGCUUUCAAGCUGGACACCUGCGCCCAGACGCUCAUGGACUCGGGCUUGCUGCUGGACAAGGAGGUAAUCUACGCCAAGUGGAUGGUCAUCCUGAAGGGCGUGGGCAUGGUCAAGAAGACCUCGGCGUUAGCUGGCAAGUGGAGUCCGAUCAUCUCUUUGAUUGGUUCUUGGAAGGCGGCUUCCGAUUCGGUCAGGGCUCUGCUUGCCUUGGGCUCGGCGCCUGAGUUCCGCCAGCAGCACAAGCUCUUCGACGAGCAGCUGAAGAAAGUCCAGGCGGCCAACCACCACUUCACGAUGAUGUGCAGGAAGGCGAGCGUGGUUGCCCUCAUCAGCGAGGACGUCAAGCAGACGCUCAACACGUACGGCGCGGACUUCCAGACCAACCUGGAUUUGCACGCGGCGGUGCAGGUCGACAAGCUCGGCAAGCUGUCCUCGGAGUCGAUUGCGGCUGUGCAGAGGCUCGCGUGCGACAGCGACCUUCAGGCCAUCGUGGCCGCGUGCGCCGACGCGCAGCAUGCCCAGGACGUGCUGACUGCCCACUCGGAGUACCUCAGCACCUUCGACUUGGGUUCGGUGGCGACCGCCAUCCGUCGGAUGGCUAAGGAGCACUCCACUUACGAGGAGGCGUCCGCUGCGGUGGGCAAAAAAGUAGAGGCGUUGAAGGACGUCAAUUUCCCUGAGGUCCUGUCAGGUUUUUUGGCAAGUUUCGUGACUGCUGCGAUUCUGCAUGCAGUCUUGAAUCACGUGGAGAAGUUUUCUCGCCGUGAGGCGAUGUUGAAAGUACAGGGGGUCAUCCGUGAGUUCCAGAUGACCCCCAGCGUGUUGCCUCCAUGUGUGCUCACGGCGUACAAAGCCGCCUUGAAGCUUUGA